AUGGGCUUGCCAAAGGCACUCCUUUUGAAGAAUAAGACGACACCAAUCGAUGCGUACGAGUCUGACUUCCAGCAGAAUGAUUACGAUCCAGUAUUCAUUCCGUUGAUCCAACACAAACAUCUACCGACAGAAUGCUUGAAUCUUCUCAAGGAUGAGGCUUACCUGUCCCAGCUCCAAACUAUCGUGAUAAGCUCUCAGCGUACCGUCGAAUGCCUCAAUGAGUCGAUUAUCCCAAACCUUUCAGAAUAUCAACGGAAAGCGUUACUUCAAAAAACUGUCUACACGGUGGGUCCGGCGACUGCCAACUUCUUGCAAAGAUGUGGGUUCACGAACAUAAGAGGCGGCGAACAUGCUGGAAGUGGUAGUAUUCUGGCUGAAUUAAUAAUUUCUGACCUUGGUAGUCAGGCCAUAGAGUUCAGCAAAGUUCCAAGCAUCUUAUUACUAGUGGGGGAGACAAGAAGAGACAUCGUCCCAAAAAGGCUUACUUCUGUAGGCAUUACGUCACAGGAAGUGGUUACGUACAAAACUCAGGUGCAGGAUGACAACUUGGCCCGGUUCAAGUUACAUUUCAGCCCGCAAUGUUGGGUCGUGUUCUUUAGCCCUCAAGGGACGGAAGAGAUCAUUGAGUAUCUCAAGGAUCAGGAAGUGAAUAUCGCUAGCAUUGGUCCCACCACAAACGACUUUCUGUGCUCUCGUAAUGUGCACUCUAAAGUCGUAAGUUGUAAGCCAGAACCCAAAGCUUUGGUGCAAGCCUUAAAGUUGGCUUGA